AAUACCAAUGCGUCGGAGGGCAAUCACCGCUGAUGAAACGGGACAAGCUGGUCACCUGCUCGCUACAACAGGCCCGGUUCUCGCGCCUCCGAAAGCUUGACAACGACACAGAAAUUUCGGAGGGCCCAGUGCCGGAAAAUCCGGAAGAAAGCGGCGCCCAACCGGACGGGUACCAAAUUAUGGACGUAACCGCUAGCCCCGCUGGAGCGAAUUCUACGCAAUUCGCUGACAUCCAAGACACCUGCGAUUUUGGGCAUUAUUGCGUGGCUGUUUUUGACGAUCCGCAAAAGCCCGGGUAUUAUCAGGGAUUCUGCUGCCCGAAUCCGACGCCCCGCGAGCCGGUCUGCCCCGUUGGUGAGCCCCACUCUAGCAGCCAGAUGCCCUCCUACGGCUGCGCCGGGUGCCCGGACGACCACUACUGCCAUCGGGAUACGGUAUCCACCGAAAAAGAGUGGAAAAGUUGGGAUGGUUUGACGUGGACAACAGUACGUCGCUGUGGUCCGCUU